ACAAACCAGUUGAACAGUACAAGCAAUCCUAAUCCGUCAAGCAAUUCCUUAUCCGCGUCGACAAGUCGUUUGGCUGGAGCUGAGCUGUAAUUCCACGUCGUAGUAGCGGGUUGUAGCAUAAUGGGGUUCGAUAUGGUGUCUCUCGUAGCUCGGAGCCCCCGGAUUUUCUUUUUGGCGCCGCACAUUUCUCGUGACGCCGGAUUUUCGGCGUAACCGAAGCUACCGUGGCGGUUGUCCAACGAGCCAUGGCACCGCGCUGCUGCGCGGCGCGGUCGUUUUGACAUGGUGAGGUGAGUAGAUUUUUGUCAAGCAUGCGAAAAUGCCGCAGUUCGAAUCAUCACGGGGUCUCCUGGACCGGAUGUGGUGGGUUGAGUCGAUAUCUGAGGCUCCCGCGCGGUCGACGGCCCGGGGAGGAGAUGGGAGUCCCACCCACAAGCUCCCAUUCCCCUAAUCUUCUCCCCGCCCUGCUCGGAGAGAGCCGCACGCACAACCUCCUCGCAUUCCCCCAUCUCCUCCCCGCCCGGCGCGGAGAUGGGAGUGCCAUCUCCUCACGAUAGGCCACGCGCCAUUACCGUCGCCCCAAGGCGCACACAGUGUGGUACGCGGCGCACGUCAUUGUGCGCGCAGCGUGGGGCAGAUAUUUGCGCUUUGCUAGACGCAUGAGGCGCACGGGGAGGGGGCAAGCGGCGGAACCAUGCCUCUCCGCGAAUACCAGUGCGCGUCCUACAACUCCCCGAACCUCGAGCAAUGGCUAGCAGCCGCACCAGCUAUUUUAUCCCCCGUCCCAACAGCUGAAUGUCACAGCUUUCUCCUUUUUCGUGGCUUUCCUCUUCGUUUGUGUAGAAAGCCCGCUUAGUCCUGCUACCCUCAUACUAGUAGCACUGGUAGCACUCUUCCAGUGUCUGCCAAACAAGGCCAUAAUGGCGACUCCGGCUCGCGCCUUCGCAGUCCUCAUACUGUUCCUUGCGGCCGCCGCGCUUCCGGCACUCGGCGGAUCCGUCGCCGCGUCUAGCGACUCCGCGGCUAUGGCGUUGGGAGGGAGGCGUCGGGUUCUGCAAGGCGCCUCGGACACCACGGGCGGCACGGGCACCACGGGCGGCACGGGCGACACGGGCUCCACGGGCGACACGGGCGACACGGGCUCCACGGGCGACACGGGCUCCACGGGCGGCACGGGCGGCACGGGCACCACAGGCGGCACGGACACCACGAGCGGCACGGGUACCACCGCCGGCAGCACGAGCACCACUGCUGACACGUACUACGACGACGACUACAUGCAGGACUAUAGCGAGAACGAGGUGCUCCAAGCCGAGACGCCGCCCGGCCAGCCGCUCCCCAAGCCAAAUGUGACAUUCGCGAACAACAUCAAGUUCCAAGACGUGUCCAAGUCGUACUAUGUGCUGUAUUACCUCGCGAACGGCAUUUGCAAGUUCCCGGCUAACGCGCAGACAAUGUUCCUGCCGACGAACGCGGCGUGGAGCGCGGCGCUCGAAGGGUACAAGAAGACCAAGAGCAGCGGCGCGCUGUACGAGGCGCUCGACGCGAUCGCGAGCGACAAGAUUCAGAAGGCGGCGAUUAAGGGGAAGAAGACGGGAAGCAAGGCGCUGGCGGAUCUGGUGAAUAAGGCCAAGAGUUGCGGGACGUCGACGUCGCAUCCGAUUUCAGAGGCAGCGCGCACGGCGAUGCUGAAUCUGAUGUCGUUCCACACGGCACCUUCGAAGGUCCAAAUUAUGACCCUGAAUGCCGCUUGUAACCCCACCGGCACGACCAUCAAGACCGCGUUCAACGACAACAAUUUGAAUUUCAAGUGCAACGCUUCCAACUACGGGAUAAUUUCGGGUGCGGAUCCCCUUGCAGCGGGCAGCCCCGGUACCUCGUCGGCUGUUGCGGCGGUUGACGAGCCUCAGAAGGACUAUUAUUACAUCAACGCGGUUGUCUUCCCAAGCAACAUCGCCUCCCUCCCCGGGGCUGUUGCCACCGUCUCUCGUGUGGUCACUGCUCUGCUGGUCGUUGGUGCGUCUCUGCUCUGUGCCCUCUAGAGUCGAUGGCCCUAUAAAACAUGGCGGCUAGAGGCCCCAUGAGAGAGCCACGAGCUCUCCAGGAUCCUUGGUGGAUCCUAGCCGUUGAUUGUGCCGCUCGUGCCUGCGAUCUUGAUGGUCCGUCAUGGCUCCCAGCGGUUGAUUAGCACUUGUCAGAGUUGGAUGGUAUGACUGGGUUAGUAGGCUUGAGAUUAGGCGUGAGGUACGACGAGGGAGAGGGAAGAGGUGCGGUAGUUGGUGCUGUUAGGAUGGGGGAAGAGGGAGGGUAGGAUUAUGGUGGCAAUGUAUGUUGGAUCUUCAUGACUUCGAUAAUAAAUUUGUGCUUUCCGUGG